UCCCUCCCUCCCUUCCUCCCUCCCUCCCCCCUCUCCUCGUUUUCUACUCCCCCUACCCACCUCGCACACUUCACACACUCAUCAAAACCCUCAUUUCUCCUCUCUAAACCCCCCCUUCAAUUUCGAUUCCUACGAUCCGAUUCGAUUCGAUUUCACACUGCCCAUGGCCGCUCGCGCUACCCCCAGCCGCGACGCCGCGGCGACGCCUCCCGCCGCGCCGCCCUCGAACGCCCAGAUUCUCCACCACCAGCCGCCGUCGAUCAGGUGCCAUCUCCCGUUCUCCUCCAUGAAUCCGCCCUUCGCUUCUCCCCACGACUACCACCGCUUCUCAACCCCGGGCGGCCGCGCCACCGAUCACCUCUCUGAAGCUCUAGUCAUCAAGUCGCCUCCUUUGAAGCGGAAGAAUGCGUAUCAAAAUAAUGAAGUUGAGUCCAGUGAGUGGACAUCAAGUACAGUGCAUAGGGAUAUAGCUAAUAACCCACUCCGUACACCAGUGUCUGCUAAAGGGGGAAGGCCUAAUAGCCGGUCAAAGGCCACCAAGAACAAUAGAUCCGUACCUUCCACUCCUAUAUCCACUGUUGAUGCUCCUUCCCCUCUCACGCCUGCUGGCUGCCGCUUUGAUAGCUCCUUGAGUCUAUUGACUAAGAAAUUUAUCGCUUUGAUAAAGCAUGCGGAGGAUGGUGAACUCGAUCUAAACAAGGCAGCUGACACCUUGCAGGUCUAGAAGAGACGUAUAUAUGACAUAACCAAUGUCCUUGAAGGGAUUGGCCUUAUUGAAAAGAAGCUGAAAAACAGAAUACAUUGGAAGUAAGUCAGUUUAUACUCUGAGGACUACUAGACAAUAGGUUUCCUAAUCAAUACAGGGAAUGGCAAUAACAUCAAGAACUUAAUGGGCCUGGUUGCUUGACAGGGGACUCGAUUCUUCAAGACCUGGAGAAAGUGAGUGGUAAAUAGGUCCUACUUUCAUUAAUAUAAGGCCAAUUUAGAUCUUGCACGAAUUUAAAAAAAUAUGCUAGUAAGAAAGUGAGUGGUAAAUGGGUCUACUUUUAUAUAUUAGUUUUAUAGUGAAAUGUGAGUGAAAUAAAGUUAAUGUAAUAUGAGAUCUAUUACUAAAAAUAGUAAAUAAACAAAUGAGCCAUGUAUUGGUGGACUGAAAAAAUGGCAAAAUGAGAUGUUUAUAGUAUUUAUUUCGAGGAGCAAGAAUCUUCCGUCACACAUAGAAGAUAAAUAUACAAUAUACUCUAAACAUUGUUCUUUAGGGCCUGUUCAGUGGGUUUGAUAUGGGAUGAUCAGAAUUAAACGAUGCAUAGAUUUCGGUGGAUGAAGCCCACAUAUAACACCCCCAAUUCCAGCGUCCAGUGAUGCAGAUUUCCACAUUGUUUUAAUUGUGAUUUUUAUAUUUAUAAGGUGAUUUUACAUAACUGCCCCCAAUGAAUUAAUAAAUACUAUAUCUUCAAGCGCGAAUUGUGAAAUUGGAAUCGCGACAAAUAUUUUUGCUUUCAAUAAAUAGAGCUGGUUAACAAAAAAAAGGGCAAAUCCUACGAGCAAAUUUCAACCCUCAUCAAGCAAAACUGCAAUCGAAUCUACUUCUCCCACAAGAUAUGAACUUGCUUCGGUUCUCGUUUGUGCCUAAUUUUACGCCGGCGAUUUCUUAUGUCGUAAGUCGAAACAAUAGUCGUGAAUAUUUAGUGAUUGAUUGUAUGAAUUGAGGUUUGUUAAGGUCGAAGUGGGCAGAAUUUUGCAUUGUAAACCGCUUUGAUCAAUUUCUCAUUCCGUUUUGUGAAAUUGCAUUUGUUGUGGUAUAUUUUGGACUGUGAUGUUACUGGGUUCUAUUUUUAUAUGAAACAGAAUUAAUUGUUU